UGCAAAUUGAAGAAUACGAAAAAGUAGUACACGGCCCUCCAGUUAUUCCCUUUUGCUGUGGCCUCAGAUUUGUAUAUAAACCCCUUCCUGACUCAUUACUUCACCAAUAUUCCCUUCUGGUUUUUCUCUUCACCAUCACAUUCUCCUCAUCAACUCAUUACAUUGUCUCAACUCUCAAGAACAAAAGAUGAGCAGACCAGGAGAUUGGAACUGCAGGUCAUGCCAGCACCUCAACUUCCAGAGGCGCGACUCGUGCCAGCGAUGUGGAGAUGUCAAGUCUGGAGGAGGAGGAGGAGGACUGGACUUUGGGGCUUUUAAUGGUGGAAGGCUCGGAGGAGGAGGGUCUUCGUUCGGGUUCGGUAGUGCAACUACUGGCUCGGAUGUGAGGCCUGGUGACUGGUACUGCGCUGCCGGCAACUGUGGGGCCCACAAUUUUGCCAGCCGCUCUAGCUGCUUCAAGUGUGGUGCUUUCAAGGAUGAGUUUGCUGCUACUGGCGGUGGUGGCGGCUUUGACUCUGAAAUGACUCGCUCCCGGGGGGGUUUCGGGUUGGGAAAUGGCGGUGGUGGCGCUGGUGGUGGUGGUCGGCCUGGAUGGAAAUCUGGAGAUUGGAUUUGUACCAGGUUCGGAUGCAACGAGCAUAACUUUGCUAGCAGAAUGGAAUGUUUUAGAUGCAAUGCCCCAAGAGACACAUACUAGAGAGAAGAAAUUCUUAAUAAUCCAAUUUUUGGCAUUGCUGCUGAGCGAGAAAGAGAAAUGACAUCAUCACCAGUUUUAAUUUCCUCGAUCAUUAUUUUGCUUUAAUUCGGGCUGCUGGCUAGCUAGGGUUUUUUUUUUUUUUUUUUAAUUUCAUCAUGGCCUAAGAACAAUGUGUUCCGUAAGCCAUUUAUAUAUGCUGCCUAGCAUUUUGUUAGGUUUCCCAUCAGAACUAAAUCAGUGUAAUUUUGGUGCUUUAAUUAGUUUAAUAUCCAUUACUGUACCUCAUUAGCACUAUGAGUUUCUUAAAUUAAUAUUAUUGUAAUGUUCUGCACUUCUGCUUCUCCUGGUUUCUGCAAAU